AUGGUCCACGGGUGGAAGUGGAACCGGGACCGGGACCACCCAGAGCACCCACCCCGCACUGCCUGUGUGUCCCCCGGUGUGACGGCGGAAGCUCGCUGCAAGCUGGUGAGCUGGCUCAUCCCCGUCCACCGGCACUUCGGGCUCUCCUUCGAGGCGCUCUGCCUGGCCGUCAACACCCUCGACCGCUUCCUCGCCACCACCCCUGUGGCCGCCGACUGCUUCCAGCUCCUGGGGGUGACGGCGCUGCUCAUCGCCUGCAAGCAGGUGGAGGUGCACCCCCCCAGCGUGAAGGAGCUCCUCGCCCUCUGCUGCGGCGCCUUCAGCCGCCAGCAGCUCCGCAACCUGGAGUGCAUCGUCCUGCACCGCCUGGGCUUCGAGCUGGCCGCCCCCACCGUCAGCUUCUUCCUGGAGCACUUCAGCCGGGUGCGGCUGCUGGCGGGGGGCGCGGACGCGGGGGAGGCGGCGGCUGCCCGCAGCCUGGCCGGGGGGGUGGCCGAGCUCAGCCUGGCCGACUACGCUUUCACCAGGUACACCCCUUCCCUGCUGGCCGCCGGCAGCCUGGGGCUGGCGGACCGGCUGUUGGGCCACCGCAAGCCCCUGGACCUGCGGAUCAGCGGCUACCCGGAGGGGCUGCUGCGGGACUGCAUGGACCAGCUGCAGCUCCUGGUGUCCCUGAACGGACAGUCCCUGCCGCUCCUCCUGCCCCCCGAGGUGGUGGAGAAGUGCCCCUGGCUGCGGGGAGCUGGGGCCACCGAGGCCUCGGCCCUGGGCUGAGACAGCUCUUGGUGCUGCCCGCAGCCCACCCAGAGCCCCAUCCAACAAGCCUUAGUGUUACUUCUGUAAAGGUUCAACAGAUCACAUUUUGAACAUGAGGCUACCGUAUGUCCGUUGCACUGUCCCUUUCCUGCUUUGUUUUGGUUUUUGUUUUGUUUUUAAAUCCAUCAUGUACAUAAUAUACAGAAUCUCAAGUACUGUAUUAUU